CACACGUCUAAAUUAGACCAAAGAUGAUAAGAGCACAAAGCAUUAUAAUAAUUCCGCCGGGCUCCUCCUCCUUCCAGCCAUGCGUCCUAAUUAAUGGGACACCCCCAGUCGCAAAAAGCCCCGCACUGGACUGCAACAUAGUCAAAGAGUGAAAGGGAAGAGGGCGAAAGUGCCACUGGAGAUAAUUGAUUACCUACCAAUCAAUGAUAACUUGUUAGUAAUCGUCAACUCUUUGGACCUCGCCAUUUUCAGGGAGGCAUCUCACUCCUGCGGACUUGCUGCUCCCGAGGAUCGACACUUUGAAGACAUCCCAUUUUGGAAUAAGAUUUUCUUUUCUUCAUUCUCUCCUCCGUGAUUGUUUUUUUUUUUUUUAAACCUCCCAACUGUUAUGUGACUUUUUUUCCUCGAUUGCAUCGCUCGUUUUUAACCGCUGAAUAUUUCAACGAAGUCCUUUACAAACUCUGCGCACAACCAAUGAUGACAUCCAAAGAAGUGGCCAAAUGUGAUGCAGUGGAAAACAGGAGGCGAAGUCCGCUGGACCACUUGCCGCCUCCUGCCAACUCCAACAAGCCUCUGACCCCCUUCAGCAUCGAGGACAUCCUGAACAAACCGUCUGUGAAACGAAGUUACACAAUUUGCGGCACAGCUCAUUUAAUUUCGUCCUCUGAGAAGCACCGUCCGUCCAGCAUCCCUCUGUCCAGCCGGGCUCUCCUCAACCAAACCUCCCCGCUCUGCGCGCUAGAGGAGCUGGCCAGCAAAACCUUCAAGGGGCUGGAAGUCAGCGUUUUACAGGCUGCGGAAGGCCGGGACGGGAUGACUCUGUUCGGCCAGAGAAGCACCCCGAAGAAGCGUCGGAAGUCUCGGACGGCGUUCACCAAUCACCAAAUCUACGAGCUGGAGAAGCGCUUCCUGUACCAGAAGUACCUGUCCCCGGCCGACCGGGACCAGAUCGCUCAGCAGCUGGGCCUGACUAACGCGCAGGUCAUCACGUGGUUUCAGAACCGGAGGGCCAAGCUAAAACGGGACCUGGAGGAGAUGAAGGCCGAUGUGGAGUCGGCCAAAGCCGUCGGCCAGGUCCCCUUGGACAAGCUCGCCAAGCUGGCGGACCUGGAGAAAUGCGCCAACGGCACGCUGGGCCACCCACGAGCCGAUUCCCCAGCGCGGGGCGGCCAGCAGGAGCUCGAGCUCGCUCAGAAACUGCGGAACUCGCCGCUGUCUCCGUUCUCAGACCACACAACUAGUAAAGAGUGCUCAGAGGACGAGGACGUGGAGAUUGAUGUGGAUGACUGAUGUCGCAGCGUGGGGCUGGAAGGUCGAAACACAAAAAGACGAUUAAAAAAAAUCCUACCGAGGACUUGUAACUUACUGCUUAUAUUGUAUACCAUAUCUCAGAACAUGUACCAAAAUGUAAUGACUUUUAUAUCGGCAGAGAUAGACCUAUUCAUAGUGAAGCAUGAACACAGAACAACACAUAUGCAGUGGUAUUUUACAAUGUAUUCAUUAGCAAACUGUUACUUCUUGCAAUCAAAGCAAUAUGGUCUAAAAUGACAUAAGUAAGUUAUUAUUUUUUUACACUAUAGGCCCACACACACUUACACUUACACUUAAACAAACACACACACACACACACACACACACACACACACACACACACACACACACACACACACACACACACACACACACACACACCUGUUCCAUUGCCUUUUCUAUAAGGCCUACCCUCACACACACACACACACCCCGAUGAAAGUGCUCCAGUUUUUCAUAUGUUUUGCAUGUAAAUGCAUGAUUUGAUUUGUGAUCAUUAUCUAUUUAUUUUUACUUUAUUGUUUUUUUAUUUAAUUGUUUUUGUGUUUUCUGUGAGCCAAAUCGCCAUUGAGUCACUGUGUCACUGCCGGCUCUUCUUCUUCUUCUUCUCCUCCUCCUCCUCCUCCCCCUCUUCAUCAUCUGACUGGACCCCCUUGACUUCAGUUCAUAUUCGGCGUCCCGAUGCUGCAGUGCAUGAUGAUGAUCGGAAAGGCAAAACUCGGACAUUCACAGUUAUGCGUUUUAUGGGAAUGCUCACGCGACGGCGAGGAACAAAAAUGAAUAUUGCGGUGAUUUUGACAAGCGAUAGGCUACUUUUUAGAUUUAUUGUUUGGAUACAAUAUAUUUACAGUUAUUAAUUUGUUAUGUUUUGUACACCUGUAAGUGCCUUUCUAAAAUCAGGACAUCAUUUGAAAAACCAAUGCACAGACUGUAAUGUAUAUAGGCUACUAUGGGAAUAAAAUGGCUUUUCUGAAUAUAUCUUUUACGUUGUAAUUCUUGAAUUAAUAUCGAGGUUUUUUUUUAUUAUUAUAGAUAUAAUAGCAUGGGCUUUAUUUUCUAGUGAGGACAACAAAUCAUUUUAGAAACACGCUCUCCUUGCCAAAUCUGGGCGUGUGAGCCUAUCAAAAGCGGUCCAUUUAGAGCACUUAUUAUACUGAACUAUUUUGUCCCUUUGUGUCCUUUUCUACUAGGAUGCUUUAAACAUUUUGUGGCCCGGAAUCUCACAUCUCCUUUCAUAUCCUAAAUGCGUAUCAUGGCUUCUUGACCCUUAUACGUGUUUCUCCAUUCGUGGCAAAAAUUUAUGUGAGAAACACAAAUCUGGUGCCGGGGGAAAAAAGACGAGGAUGCCACAAAAACACAAAGUUUUGGGCCAGUUUCUCCGGGCCUUUAUAGACCUUUUUUGUUCUGCGGGACUGGGCCGUAAUUUUGAGCGUAAAGCAUGAAAAGUGGGGACAAAUGAGCAGCGUUCCCUGAUGGGACGAGUCACAAAGGAGCAGGGCCGGUCCCCCGCAGGCAGCAAUACUGAGACAAGUGUGUCCCACCGCACAAAAAGGACGCAAACGUUUGGAGGCCAUAUGGUUUUUGAAAUUUCCUCACAAUUUCAGACAAUUUGAUGGAUUGAGUUAACCCUCCUUUUAAACAGUUUAACUGGGUGCGAACAAAGGCCAUAAUGCCUACAUAGACUCUCCCUUCAUGAGGGCAUCUGCGGCUAUUAAUGUCUAGCCCUUUUCUUUUCCUGGCGUUUUGAACAAGUCAAUGAAUUACAAUGAAACUGCCCCUUUUUUGUGAGCCGCUUGUCUUUCUCCGCUUUUAGCUCUGGAAUAAUAUGUUUGACUUCUGUCCAAGAACGUUUUCUAAACAAGAAAUGGAUUUUUGUUGGAAGUGUUUUUAAUGUUAAGUAGGGAGCCAUAAAGAGUUUAGACUGUGACAUUUAUGCCAAAGUCUGGUUAGGGAGUCCUUUGUUUGUUUUCUUCUCAUCUCUUUUUUCUUCUUCUGCCUCUUUAUUUCUUUUGUCUUUAAGGAGUUUAAUGAAGCUGAAAACAUGGUGAUGUGAGAAAGAGAGAGUGUCCAAGAGGAACUCAAAAGGCUACCUCCCGUUUAACUCUCUUUGUUCAAAGAAAUGAUAAGUAGGGCUGUCUUCUUGUGAAUUGUUUUAUAGUGUUUGCUUCUUCUUUCAUUUUUUUUAAUUUUUUUUUUUUUUUUACUUUUUACUUUUUUAUUCAGGACAAUCCGAAUAAGUUUAUAGACCUGUAAGCACUUAAUAUGGCUGAAGCUUUUGUAAAUACUCUGUAGGCAAAUUAGUCCUAUAACAAUGUAUAAUUCAGUAACACUUGACUUUAAUCCCCCUAGCAUGUAUAAGCAGUAUAUGGUUUAUACAUUAUAAUAGCUGUAAGCAGAUAUACGUGUUUAUUCAUGUCUUUGUCAACAACUAUACCUCCUCCUGUGGGCUCCCACUGAUGCUGCUGUAUAAACAGAUAAUGAAUGACAAUAUAGUGAAACACAGUUUAGUAAUAAUAUAAAAUGUGUUUUA